ACAACAGUAUCUGCCACGAAUGGCGGGCCACCUUGUACGUAGCCUUUGUCCAGAAUAAAAGCUUGUGACGCCCACACGGCCACCCUUUAUCGCAGCCUCACGGCCAGCGACUCACUUCCAAGGUUCCUUACUGCUUGGCAUCGUGAUAUCCGAAGUGCCUUUACUUUUCGAAUUGGCCGCCCACCGAACCUGCAACCUCCACAAGACAACAACAACCAGUAUAUCAUAUCCAAUUGAGCCGUGAAUCCCGCCUUGGUUGCUCCGGCCACCAGCCACCAGCCACCAGCCGCUCCCAAUAUUGUCUUGCUCUGCCCUGCCCUGCCCUGCCCUGCCCUGUCUCGCCUUGUCUUGCCCGGCCUGCCCUGACAUUACCUCGCCUCGCCUUGCAUCGCCCUGCGUCGUCCUGCGUCGCCCUGCGUCGUCCUGCGUCGCCCUGCAUUUGUGGUGCACUGGCAAUGAAAUACGGUCAGAACUUCGAGAAGGAAUCAGUACCAGAAUGGAGCCUCCACAACAUCGACUACAAUUCCCUGAAGCACUUCAUCAAGGCCAAUACCACCAGGGACCAGGCCAAGGCUAUUGCAAUCCCCGGCCAACCCGACACCCACCUCGCAAAGGUCGAAGACGAGCUCUAUAAUGAACUCUGCGCCCAACAUGACAGCGCCGGACUCUUCGUCUCGGCCAAGGCAGACGAGAUAACGCGCCGACUGCAACACCUGUCCAGCCAGGUCCAGCGGCUCAUUUCACGGUGCAACGACGACGACCCCGACCGUGUUCCGCGGAAGAGACAGCGUAGGUUCAUCCGGCUUGAACGCGAUGUCCUCAAGUGCGGCAACGACAUCCAGGACCUGCGCCGCUUCGUCAGCGCCCAGUCCAUCGCCUUCAGGAAGAUCCUUAAAAAAUACAGGAAAUGGACGGGCUCGGGUACGCUGGGGAACCGUUUCAGGGAUGACGUCUUGACCCAGCCCAAAAGCUUCACUCGGAGGGACUUCCACCCCCUACAACAGGCAUACGAUGAGCUCCUGUCGAUCAUUCAGGCAUCGGCACCUGUGCAGAACUACCCUGAAUCCCCAAGCACCGACGACUCCUCAAAUUCGGGGUCUCCUGAUAACCCCCGGCAGUCUGUGCGUCGAGUCACAAUCCACUCUGGGCCGCCCGAAACCCGCACUUUUAACUAUCCAAGUCGGCAAGCCGGGUACUGGAAUGAGUACGAGAAUGGUAGCGAGAAUGGAGACGCGAGUGACCAAUACGUCUUGUACAUCAACCCGGACGAGGAGACCGACUACGGCGCGGAUCUGAAGGCCCUGGUCAAUGCCAUAGCCGCGCCAUUCUCUAAAGCCCGUUCCUGGGUCAAAGUCCGAGGACAGGAGCGCCAGUCCCUCCUAGGCAGGCCUAGCAGCGCCGCCGGCUAUGGCGCUACCGACGACACUGAUCCCCCAGCCCGGGACGGCUAUUUUGCAAGCAAUGCUUCUGGGCGGCUCCAGAGUGAGGGCAGUGAUUCCCAUACCGCAGUGGCGACAGACGGCGAGGACGGCUCCGACGCCGAUCUCGAGGCCGACAUUGGCUACGCGAGCUCCGAGGAAUUCCCUGCCGGGUACGAGACACACUGGGCGACGCUGCCAUCCGUUAACGACCAGCGAAUGGCCAUGUACAAGGACCGUGUCAUGUUCAUGUUGACAAGCGGCCUUUUCGCCAUGUCCUUCCUGUUGCUGGGCAUCUCGACUGUUCUGAUGCUCACAGGGCGUCACAAGCUGCGCGUCGAGGUUGACGCCGGCGUGACGAUCGGCAGUGUCGUGUCCCUUGGGUGUGCGUGCACCGCACUUGCACUGACCAUGGCGCGGUGGGAUUCGCUGAGCAUCGGUAACAAGGCGGUUAUAUCGGUCACAUUCGCGACGGUCUGCGUCCUCAACGGGAUGCUCCUGAUCCUGGUGAUGGGCAGUUCCGCCCUGUAAACAUAUUUCUUUUGUGCCCAUGUAUUAUCGGCGCGGACUGAGCUGUUUCACGAUACCAUAUGAGCGGAUGCUAUCUCGUCGUACUAGACUGGACCAAACCUUAGAUCCGACAAAAGGCAAAUGGCUGGGUUGGUUCGCAAAAAUUGUCCGGGUUCUAGAUUGUAACAUAUCUCAAUGUACUUGUACGUCCAAGCAAGGUGUCUAAUAGAAUAUGAGCGAAUGGAUGUUUUGUUCUUGCAUAA